AUGUCCUGUACGGAGAAAUUCCCUGAUCAUUUAUUAUCCUUAAUAAAGACAUCUAAGUAUGUUCAUCUUGCGACGUCCUCUACUGAUGGCAUUCCAUCUGUUGCCUUAAUGAAUUAUGUUUAUGUACCCGCUUCUAGGACUUUUGGCCCUGAUGCUAACAAGGGCAAUGAUUAUAUCAUUUUUGCUACAUUUGCAAAUACUGAAAAAUAUAAUAAUAUUAAAACCAAUCCCAAUGUUUCUUUAUUAUUUCACGACUGGGUUACAGCCAAAAAUUUAUCUGUAAAAAAGAGAACUUUAUCAGAAACUUCGACACCAGAACCUUCAUCGAGUAAUUUAAACAAUCCAUCUGGAAUAACUACCGCAAAUCCUAGCAGACUGUUAAAUUUGCUACAAGAAUUGAAUCAGUCUGAAUUAAACGAAAUGAGUGCAACAAUUAAGGGGCAUGGUCUAUUGAUUGCUCCUGACACAGACGAAUCAAAAUAUUUUAAGAGACUACUACUAAAAUCCAACCCAGACGCAAGCGUAUUUAUUCAGGGUGAUAAUGUUCACAUUGUCAAAGUUAAGAUCGAAAGUGCUAAAGUAACUGAUAAUGAAAAUCAUACUAAAGUUUAUAAUUAA